AUGUACCCCGAUAAAUCUCCGGGGCCGGAUGGUCUAACCCCGGGGUUUUACCAACAAUACUGGGAUAUCUUGAAGGGGGAGGUGGUAUCUUUAUGCAAUGCGGUGGUUAGUUCGGGGGCUCUACCAAAUGACCUAAACAAUACUCAUAUUGCUCUUAUCCCAAAAGUUAAACAGGCUACAUCCAUGGGUGACCUGCGCCCGAUUGCGUUAUGUAUUGUCCUCUAUAGAAUCCUCGCAAAGGUCCUAGCCUCUCGGCUAAAGCAUAUAAUGGGGGGUUUAAUAUCAGAAUCUCAAAGUGCCUUUGUCCCAGGCCGCUCAAUAGUUGACAAUGUUUUUUUAGCUUAUGAGGUAGUUCAUUUUAUGCAUUGUAGUAACCAGCACACUCCUGAAAAAUUUGUUGCCCUAAAGUUGGAUAUGAGUAAAGCUUUUGAUAGAGUUGAAUGGGGUUAUAUGGAGGCAGUCAUGUUGUGUAUGGGUUUUUCUGCUCAUUGGGAGGAAAUGGGGGGCAUAACGGGGGUCCGUAUUGCCAGGAAUGCCCCGGGGAUUAGUCACUUAUGUUUUGCUGACGACCUGCUUCUUUUCUUUAGAGCCAAUUAUAGGGAGGUUGGGGUUAUAAAUGAUGUCUUGAACACUUUUGGUGCUGCAACUGGACAGAUUGUUAAUUAUGACAAGUCCGUUAUGAGCUUUGGGUCGAAUGUGAAUUGGGUAGAUAAGGAUAUUCUCUGUGCUGAAUUGGGGGUCCGUCAAACUGGUUUGGGAAGUUUUUAUUUGGGCUUGCCAGGUCUGGUUGGGAGAAAUAAGAGAGAUGUCUUGGGGUGGAUAAAAGAUAAGAUAAAAACUAGGAUAGGCCAAUGGGGUAAUCGUUUUAUGUCACGGGCUGGGCGCGAAAUCCUACUAAAAAAUGUGCUGCAAUCUAUUCCUAAUUACGCUAUGCAAGUCCUCCUGUUGCCAAAGGGUCUAUGUGAGGAGAUUGAGAGACUUAUGAACUCCUAUUGGUGGGGGUGCGAGGCGAGGGAGGGUAGGAGAGGCAUUAGAUGGAGGAGGUGGGCAGACCUUUGUAAGCCAAAAUCUAUGGGUGGAUUGGGUUUCCGGAGAAUUCGGGAAAUGAAUAUUGCUCUUCUUGGUAAACAAGUGUGGGGAUUGUUGACUAGACCUGAUGCCUUAAUCACCAAAGUUGUUAAAGCAAAAUACUUCCCAUCCACUUCUGUUCUUGAUGCAAAAAUUGGCACUCGUCCUUCAUAUGUUUGGAAAAGUUUGGAUGAUGAAUCUUUGAUGCAUAUUUUUGCAAAUUGUACUUAUGCAACACAAGUCUGGAAUGCAUAUGGUAGGGAUUGGGGUUGCACGACUGGAGGUGAUCUUCUAAAUUGGUUAAGAAGCAGGUUUGACACUCUCACUCAGACAGAGCUCAUUCAUUUUAUUACUGUUUGCUGGGGUAUUUGGGAGGCACGAAACAAGAAAAUCUGGAAUAUGCUAAACACACCUCCACGAUCUGUUGUCACUCAUUCAAUUGCUUUUCUUAGAGAGUGGAAGAAUGCAAGGAAAACCACUACUGUGCAGUAUUCCAGAUUGCAGCAGGUACAAGAGCUAUGGGCUGCUCCUCCAAAUGGUAAAUUGAAACUAAACAUUGAUGCUUCGAUUCAUCACAAUUCUUCUCACAUCGGUAUGGGUUGGAUUAUUCGCGAUCAUCAUGGGUUUUUUGUGGCUGCAAUUUCUGAUGUUCGUCCAGGUCCAUUGAGUCCAAGGGAAGCCGAAGCACUCGCGGUCAGGGAAGCUCUAAGCUGGCUGAAACGCCAUCACUGGGAUGGCCUGGUAGUAGAGACGGAUGCUGAGAUUUUACUUACCCAUCUUCACAAACUGAGCCGAUCACCGUUCGGUCUGCUCAUUGAAGAUAUUACUGCUCUACUCUCAAGUUUUAAUGAUAUCACCUUCCGCCAUGUUCGUAGAACUGCUAAUGCUGUUGCUCAUCUUUUAGCUAGCUAUGCCUUUUCUCAUUUCGCUAGUAUGACCUGGUAUGAUUCGGGUCCGCUUUUUAUUUCUACCUGUAAACCGUGA